CAUUUUCUCAGCACACCCAGAAAAGCCCGGUUAAAAGCUAAUCUUCCGGUACAAGGAUCCAACCAUUUGUCGUCGGACAUCCGCGUGAGAGAGAAGUCGCCGAUCUGGAAGACCGGAGUCGUGGAUGGCCGUCGUUUUCUAGGAAAUUUCAGAGAAAGGAAAUUUUGAGAUGGCAGCAAUUUAUAGUCUUUACAUCAUCAACAAAUCAGGUGGUUUGAUAUUCUACAAGGAUUAUGGUUCUGCGGGACGGAUGGACACAAAUGAUAGUUUAAGAGUGGCUAGUUUAUGGCACUCAAUGCAUGCCAUCUCUCAGCAGCUAUCACCAACUGUGGGCUGUUCGGGCAUUGAACUGCUUGAGGCUGAUACAUUUGAUCUUCAUUGCUUCCAAUCCCUCACAGGGACAAAGUUCUUUGUUGUAUGUGAACCCGGAACACCACACAUGGAGAGUCUGUUGAAAGUCAUCUAUGAAUUGUAUACGGAUUAUGUCUUGAAGAAUCCCUUUUAUGAGAUGGAGAUGCCUAUAAGAUGCGAGCUAUUUGACAUCCACCUGACACAGGCAAUACAGAAGGAUCGUGUUGCCUUGCUGGGGCGAUGAAUUUCCUGAGACUCUGAAUAUUGUUGCUGAAUGUUAGUCUUGUGGCCUGAGAAAUGUAACUUUAAUUUGUGCAUUUCAAUUGAAGAAUUUGGAUACUCGACUCUUUGCGAGGUUUCCUUUUUAUCAUGUUUUGAUGCAUGAAGAUUAUGGAUGAAUUGAAGAGCAUUGGAUGGAAAUUAUUCAGCAAAGCUUGAUUACUCUUUUA